GUAUAUUUUUAGUAUGUCGCACUGGGAAAAAGAGCAAGAGAGGUUAUUGAAGCUAUGGGAAGAAGUAGGAGCAGAAGACUCUGAAAAUGAGCAGCUAGAACAAGAAGCAGCAUCUGGAUCGGAAGCAGAAGAAAAUAAUAGUGAAAGGUCUACAAAUUCUGAUACAGAGCAAGAAAUAGAUGAGGAAGAUAUACUUCACCUGUCCGAGGCUACAACGUGCACAUCAAAUGAUAUAUACAUGGGAAAAGAUGGAGUUACAAAAUGGAGCAAAACUUGUGGAAAUUUAGCUGUGAAGACAAGAGCCGGACGGAUCAAACUGGAUAAAACGGGAAAUCAUCACACAGGUGUAUCGCAGCAUCUCAAAGCUUCAUUUAAAAUAGCUUUUAUGAUAGCAAAGCAAAAGAAAUCUCACACUUUCGGUGAAGAAUUAAUAACACCAUGUGUCUUAAAAGCCACGCAGAUGAUCUUAGGAGAAGAUGCAGAGCAAAAAAUGAAGUCUAUUUCUCUUUUGAAUAACACAGUCAAGCGUAGAAUCGAUGACAUUGCAGCAGACAUAAAGUCACAAAUAAUUAACAAAGUAAAAUUAUCGCCAUUUUUUGUCAUUAGUUGCGAUGAGUCCACCGACAUCGCUAAUUGUGCACAGUUAAUUGUUUAUAUUCGUUACAUCGGCUGA